ACGUGAUCUUUCACAUUAGCACACACAGUCGGCGUUCAAUAGAUGUUUGCGUUUAUUUCAUUCCUUGUCCUGGCGUCCGGGAACGGAGGGGAGUGAAACCAAUGUUAGUGGGUGACACAGGUCUAUAAAGGAUCUUACAUCCUCUAAAAGAAGCAUUUUCGAAGUACAGCGACCCCUGAAGUAACGCCUCUAACUAGAGCAACCCAGAAACAGCCUCAGGAACUUCUAGCCACACCGACUCGGUGGUAGCAAACCAUAGAGUGGCGGAAGUGGCCCAUCCUCUUCCUCUACCGGCUCAACGGCUUGGCUAAGCUUCUGGGGACUUCUCCGGCGCAGGGCAUUGUGGGCUUGCUGGGCGGCCCGACAGCGAGAACAGAGGACUAGCGGGCCACUGAACAAGCUUCCAAAAUGAUGCCCACACCAGUUAUCCUGUUGAAAGAGGGUACUGAUAGCUCCCAAGGCAUCCCUCAGCUUGUGAGCAAUAUUAGUGCCUGCCAGGUGAUCGCCGAGGCUGUAAGAACUACCCUGGGUCCUCGUGGCAUGGACAAACUUAUUGUGGAUGGCCGAGGCAAAGCAACGAUUUCUAAUGAUGGGGCCACUAUUCUGAAACUGCUUGAUGUUGUCCAUCCUGCAGCAAAGACUUUAGUGGACAUUGCCAAGUCCCAAGAUGCUGAGGUUGGUGAUGGUACCACUUCAGUGACCCUACUGGCUGCAGAGUUUCUGAAGCAAGUGAAACCGUAUGUGGAGGAAGGUUUGCACCCCCAGAUCAUCAUCCGAGCUUUCCGAACGGCCACUCAAUUGGCAGUUAACAAGAUCAAAGAGAUUGCUGUGACUGUGAAGAAGCAAGAUAAAGUGGAGCAGAGGAAGCUGCUAGAAAAGUGUGCCAUGACGGCUCUGAGCUCCAAGCUGAUCUCUCAGCAGAAAGCCUUCUUUGCUAAGAUGGUGGUUGAUGCUGUGAUGAUGCUUGAUGAUUUGCUGCAGCUUAAAAUGAUCGGAAUCAAGAAGGUACAGGGUGGAGCCCUAGAGGAGUCUCAGCUGGUGGCUGGUGUUGCAUUCAAGAAGACUUUCUCUUACGCUGGCUUUGAAAUGCAACCCAAAAAGUACCAGGACCCCACAAUUGCCCUUUUAAAUGUUGAGCUUGAGCUGAAAGCUGAGAAAGAUAAUGCUGAAAUCAGAGUCCACACAGUGGAGGAUUAUCAGGCAAUUGUUGAUGCCGAAUGGAACAUUCUGUAUGACAAGUUAGAGAAGAUCCAUCGUUCUGGAGCCAAAGUCAUCUUGUCUAAACUCCCCAUUGGGGAUGUGGCCACUCAGUACUUUGCUGAUAGGGACAUGUUCUGUGCUGGACGCGUACCUGAGGAGGAUCUGAAGAGGACCAUGAUGGCCUGUGGAGGCUCUAUCCAGACUAGUGUGAAUGCUCUGUCAGCAGAUGUGCUAGGCUACUGCCAGGUGUUUGAAGAGACCCAGAUUGGAGGCGAGAGGUAUAACUUCUUCACUGGCUGCCCCAAGGCCAAGACUUGUACCUUCAUCCUCCGUGGAGGCGCUGAGCAGUUUAUGGAGGAAACAGAACGGUCCCUGCAUGAUGCCAUCAUGAUUGUCAGGAGGGCCAUCAAGAAUGAUUCAGUGGUGGCUGGUGGUGGAGCCAUUGAAAUGGAGCUCUCCAAGUACCUUCGGGAUUACUCAAGGACUAUUCCAGGAAAACAGCAGCUGUUGAUUGGGGCAUAUGCCAAGGCCUUGGAGAUUAUCCCACGUCAGCUGUGUGACAAUGCUGGCUUUGAUGCCACAAACAUCCUCAACAAGCUGCGGGCUCGGCAUGCCCAGGGGGGCAUGUGGUAUGGGGUGGACAUCAACAAUGAGGACAUUGCUGACAACUUCGAUGCCUUUGUGUGGGAGCCGGCUAUGGUGCGGAUCAAUGCCCUGACAGCAGCCUCUGAAGCUGCAUGCCUUAUCGUGUCUGUAGAUGAGACCAUCAAGAACCCUCGCUCCACUGUGGAUGCUCCUCCAGCAGCUGGCCGGGGCCGAGGCCGCCUCCAGUGAGAGGUGCACACCCAUCACACACUGACUGGCAGGCUGGCUGCAGGUGUGCUUGCCUUCUCUGGCUUGGUUAGCUGAUGUUAUGAGGAAGUGGUAGUAGUUGGCCCACUGUUUCCACUAGUGAUUAUUUAAAUAAAAUUUCAGACUUGGAAUUAACCUUGUAAAUUA